UCUCUCUCAAUAUCUUUUGAUUUUUCCUUCAGUAUUGUACACCAGAUAAAUAUCAUGUUAAUCUUCCACCCCCAAAUCCAUCCCUUAAAUUCCCUCUCCUCAAUCCCCUUUGUUCUUUUCCUCCAUUGAACACAACCUCUGCAGCUCCAUCUCUUUCCAUCCUUUCUUUGGUUUUACUCUCUCUGUUUCUUUAUAUCCCCUGUUCAUGGCUGCUGCCACCACUGCUUCUUCUCAAAUCUUUCAAAAUCACAACAACAACAACAAUAAUAACAAUACCCCAGUUAGCAGGCAAGAAAUUGAAGCCGCCAUUGCAAAAGCCGUUGAGUUGAGAGCUCUUCAUGCCGCUUUGAUGCAAGGCAACAGCCCCGCCAAUUCUCGAUACCCUUCUAGCUCCCCUGUUUCUCGCCCUGUUUCUCAGUUCACUGCUCAGGAUUACCCCGUUUUCACUCCUAGUUAUGACGACGAACCGGUACCCGGGUAUCAUCCAAUUUCGUCCAAGAAUCAAUCAGGAACCUGGGAUGAUUAUGGACUUGAAGGAAAUGAAAGUGGUUUUUCAGAUUACAAGAAGGAGAAUUCAGCUUCAAAGAAAGGAUGGCCUUCAGGUUUUGCCAUUUUAGAGUCACAUAUUUGUCCUGCUGAGGACCAAAAAUCUGUCACUGGUUCAACCACUAAUCACAUCACAGUUCUUCAAACUUCUCCAGGAACAACAGAAUUCUACAAAUCCUCCCGGAGAAACAGCUUGGGAGACUUCAAAUCAAUAUCGUCUUGCAAUAGAUGCAAACCUGCAACCAUCACAACCGAGCCCGAAAUUGUCACCAGGAACAACAUCAAGAACUCUAACACUGUUGUGCCAUUGACAGAUUCUCAUUCAUCAGUCCAAUCCCAACCAAAAAAUCGGGGAGUGAUUUCGUGGUUGUUUCCCAGGUUGAAGAAGAAGCACAAGUGGGAGAAUUCCCCAAACCGGACAGAAUCUGAAGAAGUGUCACAGAUUUUCAAGGACUUGGGGAUUUUGUCAGUUGAAACAUUAAAGAGAGAGUUGAUAGAGGCAAAUGAGAAUCGCGACGCGGCGUUGAAUGAAGUUUCUGAAAUGAAAUCUUCCUUAGGGGAUCUGAAACAAAGACUGGAGUACUUGGAAUCCUACUGUGAAGACCUGAAGAAAGCAUUAAGACAAGCAACAAAUUUAAAGGACUCUCAAUUGCCUGAAAAGCUUGGAAACGGUCCCAGGAGAGGCAAGUCCAUUGAUGGAAAUUCGGAAAACUUGAUGCCUGUGAGUGAAGAAGUAAUGGUGGAAGGCUUCUUGCAGAUAGUUUCCGAAGCAAGAUUGUCAGUAAAGCAAUUCUGUAAGACGCUGGUUGCGCAAAUAGAAGACACAGAUCAAUCUCUAGUGGACAACUUGAAUUCCCUUCUUCAGCCAUACAAAUUAUCACUAACUUCAAAAUUCUCCAAGGCGGUUUCAUACCAUUUAGAAGCAAUAAUAAACCAAACACUCUACAUGGAUUUUGAGAAUUGUGUGUUUCAGAAAAACGGUUCACCAAAGCAUUUAGACCCUCAACAAGAUCGCCAAGCGCAGUUUUCCUCCUUCGUUGCGCUGAGAAAUCUGAGCUGGAAUGAAGUCUUAAGGAAAGGGACUAAAUAUUACAGUGAAGAAUUCAGCAAGUUCUGUGACCAAAAAAUGAGCUGCAUAAUUACAACAUUAAAUUGGACUAGGCCAUGGCCGGAACAUCUUCUGCAGGCCUUUUUUGUGGCUGCAAAAUGCAUAUGGUUGCUUCAUUUGCUAGCGUUUUCGUUCAAUCCGCCAUUGGGGAUCUUGAGGGUUGAAGAAAACCGGAGCUUUGAUGGGCAUUACAUGGAGGAUUUGUUCUUGGAAAGGCAAAAAUCACAGGGGCCUAGCAGGGUUAAAAUAAUGGUAAUGCCAGGAUUUUAUGUGCAGGAUAGAGUAUUGAGAUGUAAGGUUCUUUGCAGGUACAAAUCUGUAGCUUAAAUUAAUUGAGAAUUUGGUGUCUGUAACUAUCAAAUUGAUGUUGUUUUAAUAAAUUUUCAGGUGGUUUUAUUAUUAUUACUUCAA